UCACAGUCCCAUUCAGCAGCACACAACUGAGACACAAGAAGAAGUGCUGAUUUAAAACCAAAGACACAAAAAUGAAGAUGCCUCAACUUCUCAUCCUCCUCCUGACCAUUCUGGUCCAUGUAGGAGACGGCUUCCCUACAGAGAGACAACGCCGAGACAAGCACGCCUCAUGGGAUGACGUGAAUGUGGUGGCCCACGGCCUUCUGCAGCUUGGUCAGGGUCUGAAGGAGCAUGUGGACAAGACCAAAGCCCACAUGAGGGACGUGAACAGCAAACUGAAGGCCUUCAACAACACAGUGGCUGAGCUGGAGAAGAAGCAGCAGGAGCAAGAUGAAGCUCUGCGAGCCCAAAGAGCUGGAGGAGAGGGGGAGCAGGAGAGGUACCGACUGCUGACAGAGCAAGCUGAGGAGGUGAAGCUGAAGGUGGGGGAGGUGAAAAAGCAGACAGAGGACAUCACGUCCAGGAUGGACAGACUAGAGGAGGUGCUGACGGAGCCGAUACAGGAUGGCAACGACAGCGAGCACAAGACUGUUUCAUUCAUCCAGAGGCUGAUGAUCUCUCAGAACAGACGCAUAGACCAGCUGGUGGAGAAAAUUCAGCAGCAACAAGACAAACUGGAGAAACAGAGUCUGCACCUACAAGCCUUGCAAACCAAGAUUGCACACAAGAGAGUGAAAUCACACCGACGGAGAGAUGAGGAAAUGGCACUGACAGGCGAAGCAGAGCCCAUCCAAAGGGAAUCAGGUUUGGCCCAAGACUGUCACGAUCUGUUUAUGCGAGGACAGAAAGCCAGCGGCGUCUACACAAUCCAGCCUGAGGGCUCACAACCCUUCAGCGUCCUCUGUCAAAUGACUCCAGAAGGUGGAUGGACGAUCAUUCAGAAACGUCAGGAUGGAUCCCAGAACUUUAACCAACUUUGGGAGAGCUACAAGAACGGAUUUGGGAGCCUCAAAGGAGAGUUCUGGCUGGGUUUGGACAACAUCCACUCCCUUUCCAAGCAAGGCCAGUACAUCCUGCAGGUGGAGCUGUCUGAUGAGGCGGGGCAGCAGCGAGAAGCUCGUUACAAAUUCCAGCUGGAUGGCGAGGAGAAGAUGUUUGCUCUGCACCUCGAGCAGGAAUCUCCCUCUGGAGUUCAGGAAGACAUUGUGAUCGCUGGAGCUUCUGGUCUUCCCUUCUCCACAGCCGACAGAGACAACGACCUCGCUGCAGACAUCAACUGUGCUCAGAUGCUCUCAGGUGGUUGGUGGUUCAGCAGCUGCGGUGAAUCUAAUCUUAACGGAAAGUUUCCCCGACGGCCCGGCCAGCUCCGGAAACACCAGUCCGGAAGGCAGUCCAUGUUUUGGACGAUCAGAGCGGGACAGAGCAGCUCUCUGAGGACAACUCUUCUUAAAAUCGCACCAGCAUCAAAAAAUCUUUAAACCUGAACCAAAAAGAAUAAAGAGCAAAAGCCAACUCAAGCCAGAGAAAACGACAUUUUAAAGACAUUUAACUACUGAAAGACAUAAAGACGCUGUCAUACGCACACUACUGAUCUCCACUGGUGAUCAGAUAUUUCUAUGCUUUGCAUAUGGGACCUUAAAGUUCAUUCAGUCACAUUGACCGAUAUUAUUUCCUUUGAAAGGGAUUUUGUUUAUUAAUUAUGUAUUUGAUAUAAUUUACUUUGUACUUAAUUAAUGUUCAGGGGUUUUCUAUUUCAAAUAUUUCAUCACAGCUUGAAACAAUUAUAUUUGUAUGAAAUAUGUGAAAAUAAACUUUUUAAAAACAAAAA